AUGUUGCCUCAGGUGGAAAGCACGGAUAGAAUACCGCUUUGGCUCGACUGCGAUCCAGGACACGAUGACGCAUUUGCGAUCUUGAUCGCUGCUCAUCACCCUUCUCUGAAUCUUCUCGGUAUAACAACCAUCCAUGGCAACGCAUCUCUGGAGAAUACUACCUACAAUGCCCGAAGUAUAUUAGAAGCCAUUGGUAGGCCCGAGAUCCCAGUCUACCCUGGAACUCGGAAACCGUUUUCACGCCCGGCAUUACAUGCUCCAGACAUUCAUGGUGAAUCUGGCCUUGACGGCACCGAUCUUCUGCCUAAACCAUCUGUCCCUCCGAUUACCGACGAGAAUCCCAUCUUGGCUAUGCGAAAUGCACUCUUGGCCCAGCCAAAGGGCACUCCAUGGGUGGUUGCGACAGGAACGUUGACUAAUGUUGCCUUGCUAUUCGCAACUUUCCCAGAGGUUGUGGACCACAUCCAAGGGCUGAGCAUUAUGGGAGGUGCUAUCGGUGAUGGUUUCACUGAUGCGCCCAUGAGUAGGCUUCCUGGGGAGAAGUCUCGUAUUGGGAACAUCACUCCCUGGGCCGAAUUUAAUCUCUAUUGCGAUCCCGAGUCCUCCCAGUCCAUCUUCAGUAAUCCAUUUCUGGCUUCAAAGACAACAAUUGCUGCGUUGGAUCUAACCCAUCAAGUCCUCGCAUCUCAGGACGUGCAGACACGCAUUCUACAUGGUGGACGUGACCCGUCAAAGCCACCCACGGUGAUUCGGCGGAUUCUACACGCUCUGCUCACUUUCUUCGCGGCGACGUACGAAAAGGUUUUUGGCCUGGCGACUGGCCCUCCUUUGCAUGACCCUCUGGCCGUGGCGGUCAUCUUGUCCACACUGAACCCAUCAUUUGCCUCGGAACACCCUCAGGAGGCCCUCAAUUUUGACGAUAGAGACGGGGAGCGAUUCGCUGUCAACAUCGUGACGGAUGGCUGCCAUGGCGAGGAUGUGUCUACCACCGGCCAACUGGGACGCUCGAUUGCAACACCGGUCGUGGGCCCUGGUGUGGCUAUUCCAAGGAGUGUUGAUCUGGACGCGUUUUGGGCAAUUAUUUUGGAUUGUGUACAGUUGGCUGAUGACUGCAAUGCGGCUCGCUCGUGA